AUGGGCUACCAUUAUUCUUGCUAUGAUACCGCCGACCGUUUAAUUCGUUCUCAUCGUCGGGGCAAGUGUGUGGGAGGUCAAACCGACCAGUUAUCGCCGCACUUCGUUUCUAGUAAUCGUGGUUGUGUUGCCAACAAAUUGAUUAUGGUCGAACUGACAAUCUACAAAAAAGGACGAGUUCGCGAAAUUUUUGCCGGUUUCCUUUUUUUCCCUCUCUCUCUCUCUAGGGUUUUGCACACCAACGUUCAACAAAACGCGAAGAGGAAGCUCGAUACUCGUUUCCCAGCUGCUCGCAUAAAGAAGAUUAUGCAUGCUGAUGAAGAUGUUGGAAAAAUUGCCAUGGCUGUUCCUCUGCUUGUUUCUAAAGCAUUGGAAUUAUUUCUGCAAGAUUUAUGUGAUCGAACAUAUGAAAUUACUUUGAUGAAGGGUGCUAAGACUAUGAAUUCUUCGCAUUUGAAGCAGUGUGUACAGGGAUUUAAUGUUUUCGAUUUCAGAGAAAUAAUUGGUAAGGUGCCGGACCUAGGUGGUUUGGAUGCUGCUGGCGAGGAGCUUAAUGUUCCGAAAAAAAGGAAAGUAGAUGAUGAUGACGAGCCAAAGAAGAGCAGAAUGCAUGAGACGUUCCAUGUACUAGCUGUGGAAGAGGACGCGGUUGCUGCAGAGGAAGAGGGAAUCGAACAGCAGGGAGAGAGAAUGCUGCACAUCAUGGAAAGUUUGAAGAUGACCCAGACAUUUCUUGUUUUGAAGAAGAGCAUACUUUAAGCUUUGACAGGCAGAGUCCUACUGAUGUGGUGGGGUCUGAUGAGUUGAAGAAACAUAAUCCAACAGGCAAGAACUUUGAAGCUCCGGUUCUAAACAUUGACCUCAAUGCAGACUUGGAUGAGAAUGGAGACUCUAUCGCAUCCAAGUCUAAUUGCUAAUUCGAACAGGGAAAUAGAUGAAGAACUUGGCUGGUCCCUGUUCGAAAUAGAUGAUGAACCGAGAGCAGAUAGCAUACCUGAAAAUAAAGACAAAUACCCUGGCUGGUUACUUACUGAAAUCGAGAAGAUGGCCAUCGAUCCUGUUCUAAUUGCUAAUUCGAACAGGGAAAUAGAUGAUGAAGACUACGAUGAAGAAGGAUAAGUGAUUGAAUUUCUCCUUUAACGUUUUGUAUUAUCUGGUACAUGCGCAGUUCUACAUUAGAUGUUAAAGAAAAAUGUGGUAGGAAUCUUAGAAAGAGAAGGAAACACUGAAAGGUACAUUCUAGAUUAGUCUGAUGCUUUUAGCAUUUAUUUUUCAUGUCUCUAGGAAUUUGUGAAAUAGUUUUCCAAUUCUUUGAGUUCUCUGAUGUCCAAGGAUAUUGGCGAUAU